CCGGCGAGAGCUGAUGACGCAAGAGCCCGCGCUCACUUUUCAGCGGCAGGCGAAGGGGGCUGAGGAAAGGAGGUGGAUCCACGUAGGGGAAGUUGGGGUGCCAUCAGACGGAGACAGCUCGGACAACCAGGCUUUUAAGAACUGUGCUGUUGUUGACUUCGUCACAGAAUCAAGCACUCUUUUGGAAGAGGAAAAUCUCCCUCCGAAAACUGAGGACACUUACCUUCCCCGUAUAUUGAGUCCAGCUGUGUUUGGUGGCCCAGGUACUAAUUUCAAGAUGCCAGGACGUUCCAGUUCAAAUUCAGGUUCAACUGGUUUCAUCUCCUUCAGUGGUGUAGAGUCUGCUCUCUCCUCCUUGAAAAGCUUCCAAGCCUGUAUCAACUCUGGUAUGGACACAGCUUCUAGUGUUGCUUUGGAUCUUGUGGAAAGUCGGACUGAAGUGAGUAGUGAAUAUAGUAUGGACAAGGCAAUGGUUGAAUUUGCUACAAUGGAUCGGCAACUAAACCAUUAUGUAAAGGCUGUUCAAUCUACAAUAAAUCAUGUAAAAGAAGAACGUCCAGAAAAAAUACCAGAUUUAAAAUUAUUGGUAGAGAAGAAAUUUUUGGCUUUACAGAACAAGAAUUCUGAUGCAGACUUUCAAAAUAAUGAAAAAUUUGUACAGUUUAAACAACAGCUGAAAGAACUAAAGAAGCAAUGUGGUCUUCAAGCUGACAGAGAAGCUGACGGAACAGAAGGAGUGGAUGAAGAUAUAAUUGUGACCCAAAGUCAGACCAACUUCACCUGCCCCAUUACAAAGGAGGAAAUGAAGAAGCCAGUGAAAAAUAAAGUGUGUGGCCACACCUAUGAAGAGGACGCCAUUGUUCGCAUGAUUGAGUCCAGGCACAAGCGGAAGAAAAAGGCCUGUUGCCCUCAAAUUGGCUGUAGCCACACGGAUAUAAGAAAGUCAGAUCUUAUCCAGGAUGAAGCACUUAGAAGGGCGAUUGAGAACCAUAACAAGAAAAGAUAUCGUCAUUCCGAGUAGGAAAAGCCACCUGCCUGCAGGGACACCAGCAGCCUACCUCCUACCCCAGCCGUCUGUUGAGAGCAGUGCUGACCCCAGCAGUUAGGGACUGGCUACAUAGCAUACUUGUUGGGGGUAAAACUUGAUGCUUUUAUGUGUGCUUGAAAACAUUUUUCAAAGUUACACAACAGAAAUGCAAGCAUAUUGUUUAUUUUUAAGUGUUCUAUAAUGUUAAAUAAAACUUUGAUCAUCUGCCAUGUC